AUGGUAGGGUCUCGUACAUUACCAUUCCUAGUAGAAAGAGAUUCUGAUCGAUAUCCAUUCUGGAACACACAUACCAGGGAGAUAUCGAUGAGGUUGUGGUCACCAGAUUCUGACAAUCCUAUGAACUCAACAAACCCAAUGCCGGUUCUCGACAUUAAUUUCAAAAUAUCAGAUCCAGACACCACAACAGAGGAUCUUUUAUCAGUUGUAGU